GCCUACAUCAAUCUGCAAGGGAGUGUCAGAAAGGCCCCGCAUUCGCCGAGCCGUGACACGACCCGUCAGAGGAUCAAGUUCAGUGAUGACAGAGUGUGCAAGAGCCACCUCCUCAACUGCUGCCCUCAUGAUGUGCUCUCUGGAACCAGAAUGGACCUUGGAGAAUGCCUGAAGGUGCACGACCUGGCAUUGAGGGCAGACUAUGAAAUAGCAUCCAAAGAUCAAGAUUUCUUCUUUGAGCUUGAUGCAAUGGACCACCUGCAGUCAUUUAUUGCAGACUGUGACAGGAGAACAGAAGUGGCUAAGAAAAGACUAGCAGAAACCCAAGAAGAGAUCAGUGCUGAAGUUGCAGCUAAAGCUGAAAGAGUUCAUGAAUUGAAUGAAGAAAUUGGGAAACUGCUGGCCAAAGUAGAACAGCUUGGAGCUGAUGGGAACGUGGAAGAAUCUCAAAAAGUGAUGGAUGAGGUGGAGAAGGCUCGUGUAAAGAAGAGAGAAGCAGAAGAAGUAUACAGGAAUUCCAUGCCUGCUUCCAGCUUCCAGCAGCAGAAGCUCCGGGUCUGUGAGGUGUGCUCAGCUUAUCUUGGCCUUCAUGACAACGACCGGCGACUCGCUGACCACUUUGGGGGAAAGCUGCAUUUAGGAUUUAUUGAAAUAAGAGAGAAGCUUGAAGAACUCAGGAGGAUUGUGGCUGACAAACAGGAGAAACGAAAUCAGGAACGUCUGAAACGUAGAGAGGAGAGGGCAAGAGAAGAAAGGGAGAAACUAAGGAGGUCCAGAUCCCACAGCAAGCAUGCCAAAAGGUAUAUAAAUCUGCAGACAAGGAAUACCAUCAGUGAAGCCAGCGUUUCACAGCCUGGAACACCAGGA